AUGAAGGUGAUAUUAGCUUUGAUUUUCGUGGCUACGGUAGCAAAUGCUGCUGUUUUGCCGCCAUUACACGAUUGCGGAGUACCCGAAUGCACAAAUACAACUGUGCAUUAUCCCCAUAUUGAUCCUGCUUUCUUUUGGCAAUGCCGUCCUGAACCAGGAUGUGAUGCUUGGGUAGCGCAAAAAAUGCCUUGUGCUAAAGGAUUGUGGUUUAGUUACAAAGAACAAGUUUGUACACGUUGUACUGAAUGGGAAAAUCCCUGCCAUUUGGAUCCUGUACCUGAAUGCGUAUGUGAAGAAGAUAACCCAUCAACAAUUGAAGUUCCAGAAUUACCGCCAUUGUACAACUGUGAUGAUCCAAUUUGUUCUGAUACUGAGAUUUUGUUCCCUCAUAAGGAUCCUACCAAAUUCUAUCAAUGCAUUCCUGUUCCGGGAUGUGAUGAAUGGAGAGCUGAAGUUAUGACAUGUCCAGCUGGAUUGUAUUUUAGUUACAAACAUCAAGUUUGCGUUUGGGAAUGUGAUUGGGAAGAUGAAUGCGGAAGCGGAACUCCUAAACCAACAACUCCUCGACCAACGACAACGCCUGAACAAACAACUCCUCGACCAACAAGAUCAACUACUAAAUCAACAACUCCUGAAGAAACAACCCCAAAGCCAACGACAACGCCUGAAGUAACAACUACUGAAGAAACAACUCCCAAACCAACUACUGAUAAGCCAACAACUAUUGAAGUAACUGAAGUUCCCCCAAUUGAUGAUUGCAAUGAACCAAUCUGCUCGAACACAACUAUUCUUUAUCCUCAUUACAAUCCUAAAUUGUACUAUCAAUGUGCUCCUGAUUCGGGAUGCGAUGGAUGGAGAGCCGUUGAAAUGCCUUGCCCAGCUGGUUUGUGGUUCAGUUAUGAGAAACAACAUUGUGUACGAUGUGAAGAUUGGGAAAAUCCUUGCAAUUUGUUCCCUGUUCCCGAAUGUGAACCAUGCCCUGAACCAACUGUCGGUCCUACAAAUCCCCCGACAACAGCUGAACCUUCAACUCCUCGACCAACGAGAUCGACAACUGAAGAAACAACUCCCAAGCCGACAACUCCUCGACCAACGAGAUCAACUACUGAAGCAACAACUCCUGAAGUAACAACAACUGUUCAACCAACUACUGAUAAGCCAACAACUAUUGAAGUUACUGAAGUUCCUCCAAUUGAUGAUUGCAAUGAACCAAUCUGCUCGAACACAACUAUUCUUUAUCCUCAUUACAAUCCUAAAUUGUACUAUCAAUGUGCUCCUGAUUCGGGAUGCGAUGGAUGGAGAGCCGUUGAAAUGCCUUGCCCAGCUGGUUUGUGGUUCAGUUAUGAGAAACAACAUUGUGUACGAUGUGAAGAUUGGGAAAAUCCUUGCAAUUUGUUCCCUGUUCCCGAAUGUGAACCAUGCCCUGAACCAACAGUUGCCCCGACAAAUCCUCCAACGAAUCCCCCGACAAACCCUCCAACGAAUCCCCCAACGAAUCCCCCGACAAAUCCCCCAACGAAUCCUCCGACAAAUCCCCCAACGAAUCCUCCGACAAAUCCCCCAACCAAUCCAACUACUGAUAGCCCAACAACCAUCGAAGUUACUGAAUUGCCGCCAAUCAUAAACUGCGAAGAACCUCAUUGCUACAAUACCACGAUUUUGUUCCCUCAUAGAGAUCCCACGAAAUUCUACCAAUGCGCUCCCGUAGCUGGAUGUGAUGAUUGGACUGCAGUUGUACAACAAUGCCCUCACAAUCUCUUCUUCCGUUACGACAAACAAGUCUGCGAUUGGUGCAACGAUCAUCUCUGUGACGAAGAUAGCGUCUUCAAUCCCGCACCAAAAUGCCCUUAA